UGAUCAGUUAUCGUCAUUCGUCAUGUUUAUCUGUAGCCUUAUUUUGAAACACAACAAAUUAUAAAUGGCUUAAAAUUUAAAUUUUGACAUCGGUUUAUUAAUUUAAUAUAUUUAAAAAUGAUUCCUCUUUAUGUUACCAAUGGUUCUGCAUAUGUUUGGAAUUCAGAAGAUUGGUACACAUUACGUGUAAAAUAUCGAAUUUGUGGUGCUUUGAUUGGUUCUCUUCCAUCCUUUCCUAGGCAAAAUGACUUUCAAGGGCUACCUAUGUCUCUUAUGACAGAAGAGGCAACACUAUUAGUCAAUGAAGGCAUAUGUGAAUUGAUUAGUAUUACAGAUUUAAAUGUGAAGCCCUCUAAUGAUUUAAAGCUACAAAUUGAUGACUGCGAAAACAGAAUAACACUGGAACAAAAGGAAGCUUUAAAAAAAAGGAAAAUUGAGCAGUUAUCACAAAAAAUUGAUAUCAUUGUAGCUGGUAAAAAACAAAAACUAUUGUCUAAAGGAAUCUCAGAUGUUAAUCUAGAUAAAAAUAUUUUAUUACAAGAAGAAAUUAACAAAAUUCCUAAUAUUGCACCAGGGCACUUACUUGUACAUUUACCAACUCAACAUCAUUUAAAAUGUAAUGAGGAAAAAAAUAUAUCUACUGAUGUCUUGGAUCCUAGCCUCAGAACUGAAAAAGGUAAAAUAAAAUAUGCAGUAUUUCAUGACUUGUGGAAAAAAGGAUACUAUUUAACAAAUGGAUCAAAAUUUGGAUCAGAUUUUUUGGUUUAUCAAGGUGAUCCAGUAAAAUUCCAUGCUACAUACAUGGUGAAAUGUACCAGUGUUGCAACAAAAUUUCGUCCAGCUAAUAUAGUAGCAUUUGGUAGAUUGUCUGUUGCUGUAAAUAAACUUGCAGUCUUAGCCUAUUUUAAUAAUACUGGUACAAUAGAAUACCAAACUUUACAAUGGCAUGACAGUGUAGUGAGAUAAUAAAAUAAUAAAGGUUUUGUUUA